AUGGGCCAUCGGAGCUAUACAAUCUCCGAGCUUUUGAGCCUUCGCGGUGACCAUGCCUCCACGGGCGUCGUCUCAGCUUUGGCUAGAAAUCCGGAAAUCGUCGAUAUCAUCCGUGAUUCUGGAAGCGAGUCUUCGGACGCCAAGCCGCUGCCAAACAUGCACAAGAAGAACGAUUCGUCGGCCGAGUCCGAAGUCCUCUUGUUCAGAGGCAACAUGAGCCGCCGUUUUGCCCGUCAGCCUGCUCGAGAGCUUGCUCCGGAACCAGUUCGCGAACCAGUCCGUGAGCCAGUCCGUGAGCCGGUUCGUGACAUGGUCCGCGAACCAAUCCGCGAGCCGAUUCCUGAGCCUGCCCGAGAGCUGGUUCGGGAGGUAGCUUACGAAGCCUCACGUCCCAUAGAAUGGAAAUAUCGUGGCCGAAGCGACUCUGAGGUUGCUAUCAACGAACCUCUUUCUGCUCCCAGUGGACUUCUCGCCCAGAGAAGCGAGGGAUUUCAGCGGUUCUACAAGGCCGUUGUCUCCCCUACGCAUGUCCGAGUGACCGCCGGCGGCCGCAUUGUUCCCAACACUCGUGGUCCUGCAUCGCCUACAUCUAAGCGAGGCAAAGAGAGCCCUGCUCUCGAUGGCCAGCCGCUCAUGGACAAGGUAGUCCAUCCGAAGCCGUCACUUGGCCAGAUGGGCUUGGGACAGGCAAUUCCCGUCAUCCCUCAGUUCAUCGGCGGAUAUCCUCCUGGAUUUCAACCGCUCCAGGCGCCCAUGUCUUUUGUCCCAAUGGCGUUUGGAACCCACCUCUCUCCCGGAAUGCCUUUUGCUCCGCCUCCUAUCAAUCAUUCUGCCAUGGCUCAGCUCGCGGCCGACAGCGCCUUGAAGGACAGCCACAAUGCGAGGCCCCGAGAGAUUCGAGACGAGAAUGGGUCUUUGGAUGACAAAAAGGAGAAGGUAAAGCUCACAUCACCCGAGUUCUUUGACAUGAGCAAGCCGUUCUUUUACAAUAACCAGUGGAUGUAUCCGGUCCAGACAGCAUUUUCCGCCCCCAUGGGUGGCCAGAUGAUGCCGAUCCAGAUGGUCGGUAUCGCCCCAGGUGUCGCCCCCCCCUUACAGGGCCGUAUGAUGUCGCCAACGGUGCCAAACGGGACGGCCACGAUGGCGGCCGCCUCACCCUAUGGUCCACCUCAUCACGGUCCUCCUGGGAUUCCGGCAGUUGCAGCCCACCAUAUUGUCCCGGCCAAUUCCAAUUUCCAACAGCCCAUGGCUCCCCCAAUUUCGUCAAUCAAGCCCAGCGACAUCACGAAGAAGCAGAUUGCCAGCUUCAAGAGUUCGCUGAAGUACAACGAGGACCAGCUGCAAUACAACCGCCAUCAGAUUGACGAAAAGGAGAUGGAGGCUCAGAUUCUGAACCUGCGAGAGCACAUCAAGCGGUUUGAGCAGGUUUACGAGUCUCAAAUUGAGUACGAGAAAGCCGUCCUAGGCGAAGCCGUUCAGACCAAAGACGGAAAGGAUACGGAAUCAAGGGCUUCCGCCUCAGAGCCACCGGCCAAUACUGCUGAAGUCGAGCCGUCUCCUAAGGUACUGGCAACAUUGGAAGCCGAAGUUCAAGCGCAGCAUGGCAAUCCAGAAGCCAAACCCGCCGCUGACCAGUCGACUGCGACACAGAAACGAAGGCUUGCACGCUCCAGUCAGGGGAUUAAUACCUCUGUUGGCGAAGGUGGCAGAGUUGCUUUUGAGUUUUCCCCCGAUCGGGUUCGGCCGACUUUUUCGGACAUGAUGAAGAGGUCGGGACUUCCAAGUGAUGCGGCAAAGGCCCCCGUUUUCCAGCCCAGCUGGUGUUCUUUCGACUAUCCCAAGGAGAAUCCGGACGAGACUGAGAGAAGACUUUUGGCUGCCGCCGGUCAGAAGCAGCCUCACAUGCUUGAUGAGCAUAAGCCUACCAGCUCUCGAUCCUGGGGCACGACACACCAACAUGAUCCAGUCCAGCUCGAACCUGCGGGCCCCAGUAAAGGCCGCGAGGGGUCGAACUUUGGAGUUCCGUAUCUUCUUGGAACCCUUCCGAAAGGCGUCAACCACCGCACUGCCAAGGACUUGGAUUACGUGUACAACAGACCAUUGACGGACGACGAACGUCGUGCGCGAUUCCUGUACUGGGGCAAGGCGCCCAAGUCUGUGGUUCAGGGCCUUCCAAAGUUUGAUGGGAAGCACUUCUAUCCGCCUUCCCCUGUCAAGGAGCACGCUACCCUUCCUACUAGUCCUCCGCGAAACCGCGCUGGUUGUCGCGUUCCGACUGCUCGCGCUGACUGCAACUACGAUUUUCGUCCUACCAAAUCAGACUCGGACCCCUUUCGUCCUAUGACACCAGUACAAAAGUCAGUUGCUUCCAAGGCGGUCGUGGUGAGCGAGGAUGGGUGUGCUGCCGUCAGACACGCCAGAGCUUGUUCUUUUGAGACUCAGAUUUACAGUGCCUGUGAUGACCUGGUGGUGCCCGAGGGUGCUGGUUUUGUAGACCUGUCGACAGUUUUGCAAUCUCGUGAGAACAGUGUGGAUGCUACGUCUAUUGGCUCGCUUGAUAGGCGAUCGGAGAGGUCUGGUACGAAGCUUUGGCAGACGGUGCUGAAGAAGUGCCCAACGAGCAGUGCACUGUCGUCCACCACUGCCCAAGGUUACUUGCCGCACUACGCGGGACAUGCUGCGGCAUCGCUCAGCCCUUCUAUCAACAAGCAGCCGUACUCGCCUAUUUGUGAUGCCUCGCCAGCCAAGCUCGUAUCGGAUUUUGGCAACUGCGGCGAUGGAGGGGCCUUACUUGCGCCGGCGCCAGAGAAGCGCGGAGAGAAUCGCCCACCCAACAGCGCGGGAUCGCUCGAGGACCAGUUCAAGAAUAUUUCGAUAGAUGCCUCGGACCGUCGCGACCUGUCAUCGGUUUUCAAGAUCUGA